ACGUCACCAGAAGCGGACGCAGAUGUGUAAAACAUACGUAACAUCGGUGGUUUUCCUCGAUCACCGGGUUUAACUUCCAGCGUCACACAGCCGGAGAACCCGAGACUCACCGGGACCGUCAUCCUCAACCACCGCACAGCCAACACCCGUGAAUAAGACCCGUCGUACCGGCUGAUGAGGCUAGCAGCGGUUAGCUUAGCUGGUGUAGCUGGUGAAGUGUUACAGCUGCUCCGGUUCAACUUUAUCAACCCCGAGCUAACUACCCAGAGGCUGAAGCUUCACCUCGGCUCAAGGACGGACUCUGACACCCGCACGGACUCAGCCUUUGCUAACCGAGCUAGCCCACAGCUAAGUGCGGGCUGGUUGGCCGCUCCGACUUCCUUGUGUCGUUCGAGGUCAUUCUACUGCGUUCACCGGACACGCAGCCGACAAUCACCGGGACACCAGCCAUGAAGAGUCUCCCGUACUUCUGCCGGGGAGAGGUCAUCAGAGGCUUCGGCAGAGGAAGCAAAGAACUGGGGAUUCCCACAGCCAACUUCCCAGACUCGGUGGUGGACAAUCUUCCGGCCGAUAUCAACACAGGAAUCUACUACGGCUGGGCCUGCGUGGGUAAUGGGGAUCUCCACAAAAUGGUGAUGAGCAUUGGCUGGAAUCCUUACUACAAAAAUACCAAAAAGUCCAUGGAGACUCAUGUGAUUCACACGUUCAAAGAUGACUUUUAUGGGGAGAUUCUCAGUGUGGUCAUGGUGGGCUACAUCCGUCCGGAGAGAAGCUAUGACUCUCUUGAAGCCCUCAUUGCAGCCAUCAACAACGACAUCGAGGAGGCCAAAGUCAACCUGGAGCUCCCAGAGCAUCUCAAACUGAGAGAGGACAACUUCUUCACCAGCGCCUCCACCUCAUCUCCAGCCCUGCCCAGCACCACAGCGUCUACGUCACAGACUAUUAUAAAUGGUCACUGACAGCUGGCUGUGCCUGCAGCACCUCGCUUGUCCACGGGCGCACACACACACAUUUCUGUAUACACACAGGUUUGUGUAUUUGUAUUCAUUGAAAUGCACAGAACACAUUCUGAGCCUCCUUUGCCAUUUCUGCACGUAGACAUGAUCACAAACAAUCCAUUUUUUUCAACUGUACUUUUCUUUUCCUUGGUCAGCAUUUCUGUUUUAAAGAGUUCUUUAUCUUCCUCUAUUGGUUUGUUGUUGACACAAUAGAUGAUAUUCAUUUGUAUAUAUUCACACCAGAAUUGCUGUAUGCAACUCUUGGGAUAUCACUGCUCCUGAUGUAUAUUUGGAAUCUUUUAUGUGAGAAGGUACCUUUUUAUAUUUAAAAAUGCAGUUCUUGGAUUGAUGGUAACCAGAAAAUACAAGCAGAAUAUUUAUAAUCUGUCUAUAAAUGAUUAUACAAAUAUGUUGACCAUAAACUCAACUAUGUGAACACUAUCUAUCCAUGGUUAUAAAAACAUUACUUAUUGAGUCCUUUUCUCUUGAGAUCUAUAGUUCUGUGUCAGAUGGUUAGAAAGAAGGUCUGGGCAUUGUUUUCAGUAACAAAAACACAGGUGAUGCAGUUCCAUGACUUUAUGCACCAACGUGGCUCAAUGCAAGGCAUCUGUGUGAAGACAGGGAUCUUUUCUUUCCUAUUUUUAUUUAAUUCUGAAAAAAUGUCUUUCCUCCCAAGUGUGACACAAACUUAAUACUGUUCACUGCCCCACAAAUUAACGAAGCACAUGCAUUAUGCAUGCUUGUGAACUGGAAUUAUUGAAUAACUCCAAGCAUAUUUAUUUAUUUAAUGAAAUUUACACAAAACAUGCUUUAAGCAUAGGCCUUAUGCAUGUCAAUGACCUAGAGUCCACCCUUCUCUGUGGGUUAAUUACAGAUAGUGAAACAUCGAUAGGGGAGAUAAGAUGAAGAAGAAUGUCCACAGCUCCUUUUUCUCGCUUGGGGGCAAAAGUCUUUGAAUUGUUGAACAUUAAUGUAUACCACCCACAUGUAGUCUGGACAGAAAAAACCCAAAUACAGUUCUUCAACUAUAUACACAUAUUACAGUUUAAUUCGAUUUCAUGGGGUCGUGCAGAAUUUUAACAAAACUAUUGACAAAGUCCAAUAGACGAGCUCUUAACUGUGUUUUUAGAUCUGUGUGUGCGCCUGCUCUUUUAAAACUCUUUCAAAAACAGUGACAUGAAAUGAUCAACAUUUAACUACUAAGUGUAAAAAAGACUAUUUGAUACUUGGCAAAGAAUCUUUUGAAUGAAUGACGUGAGUCUACCGAUGUGAUUUUUGAUUUUAAGUCUGCAUUGUAUUUUAGUUUAUUAAACUGUUAUUUAGGGAGUAAAAAAAGUCUGAGUGCAUUUACUGAAGGAUGACAUUCAUCAUGCAACAGUAGCUGUGAUCCUUUGUCGGAACCUUUCUAUUCCGAGGCUGGUAAUUUAGUUUCUUAGACAAGUGGGAAAAUCAUGAUAGACGCAACUUGGACCCUGUACUUCACUGCAACUCCCUGUAAUGUUUUGUUUGAUGUAUGAUAUAUGAUCCAUUAUGUUAAUCCGCUUAAGUACUUCAUCUACAAGCUAGAUCUUACUAACUUCCAGUUGUAAUAUGCGGCUUCCUCUACCCAUAGCAAACUUAUAUUUAUUUUCAUAUCUCUAACGCUGGCUGCUGCAAGUAUUUAUUCCACACAGGGACCAGGGUUACUGCAUGUAGAGUUACAGGUUCGACACAACCUUAUAUUUUAAUUAAUGUGUUUUAGGAUUAAAACAAAUAAAUAUUUGAUUAACAUA